AGUAUGCAGAGGGUUCUGUUAAAAAUACUUUUUUGCUGCCAAGUUUUCAUAAUCCUACAGAGGAAACUCGGUUUCUCCUUUCAUUUUACUGUUAAACCUUUCAUCUUCCCUAAAUCUUUAGAUACAUUCCUUUUUCAUCUGAUGAUGAAGCUUAUGACCUUGUAACAGUGUACAAUUUGUCAGAAAAGAUUUUUGUUUUUGAAAAAAUGGCAAAUAAAUGCAUUAUUUAACCACCAAACAGCCCAAAAGGAACUCCACUUGUUAAACAACUGCUCCUCCUUGUUCUAUAGGUUAUUCCUAGUCAAUGGUGGAAUGGUUUUUGCAGAUUUCUGUUAUCUUUCCAUUAAUCACAUAUCUUCUUCCCAAGAGGGCUCUUUUUGUGAUACUGAUAUGGAUGAAGGGAGACAUAAUAAUUUUUGGGGUAAAACCUCUGAUUCAAGUGACGGGUUUGGAGAAAAUAAUGAAUCCAUUGAUCUAAAUGCUAGCUUAAAUGAAGAAGAUGAGAUGAACAUGCAUGCAUUUAGCAGCGGGAAGGACUCAAAUACUGGGCAGUCAAAACUGUGUGCUAGAGGACACUGGAGGCCUGCAGAAGACGCACGUCUCAAGGAACUUGUUGCUCUUUAUGGCCCUCAAAAUUGGAACCUCAUUGCAGAGAAGCUGGAAGGAAGAUCAGGGAAAAGCUGCAGGUUAAGAUGGUUUAACCAGUUGGAUCCAAGGAUAAACAGAAGGGCAUUUACUGAAGAAGAGGAAGAGAGACUAAUGGCUGCUCAUAGACUGUAUGGCAACAAAUGGUCAUUGAUAGCAAGGCUUUUUCCUGGAAGAACAGACAAUGCAGUCAAGAAUCAUUGGCAUGUUAUUAUGGCUAGAAAGUAUAGAGAACAAUCCAGUGCUUUUCGAAGGAGAAAAAUGGGCCAAUUUGUAUGCAAAAGAUCAAUGGAAGAAGAUGAUAUUCCCCUUUGCAAUGCAGAUGCGGCCAGCAAAACUAAACCAACAUUGCCAUCUUAUGCAACUUUCAGUGAUCUAACUGCUGCUUGCGAGUUUUCGACUCGAAAUGGCGGCGAUGCUAGUGGUGGUGGGGGAGCAACUUCUAGCCAGAUGUACGGUAUCCCUCCUCCUUACAGUGGAUUCUGGGCAUCACAAACUUCUCUUGGUCUCUUCCCUCGCCUGCUGCCUAAUACUUCCCGUCCGCCUAUAGGUCCCAUUACAAGUGAGGCGAUGCCAAUUUGCGACCAGGGAAAAUCUUGGGAUGAUCCAAAGGUUGAAUCCAACUUUUUACAUUCUUAUCCUCAUUACCCAAGCUCCCUAGUGACUGCAAUGCAACAGAGAAACUAUCACUACCCUUCAGAUUUCACAGCAUCAGCACAUCAAGUUUCAGUCACUGAAUAUACUGCAUCAUCAUCAACAAUGGAAAGAAACGGUGAGACCAUUGCACCGCCAUUUAUAGACUUUCUUGGAGUUGGAGCCACUUGAAUUUGCCACGAAAAUUAAGCUGAAAGCGGUUUCUUGAAUUCACUUUUUUAAGUGAUUAUUUUGAGUUGAUAUUAUAUAACAGUACAUAUUCUUUAAGUGGGUAACGAGGAAAUGUCAAAACCAACUCUUCUGAAGUCAUCUCCCUAACCCUGCUUUUUCUUUGUAACGUCUCUAUCAUCAGAUGGAACUGUUGAGAAAUGUGAAACAUAAGGUAUUGUCACUUCCUCUCUAAUUUUUCUACUUUAUCUAUACUUUUCAACGUGUAAAGACGCGUUAGUUCAGAGAAAAUUAAGUAUGAAUAAUUACAAUUACAUAGAAGUGCUAAGUGGGUAAAUUUGAUGGAGGAGCUUGUGUGUGAUUUUGGGGAAAAAAAAAUGUUGGAGACAUCCUUUUCUCAUGGGCCUGCAAAAAUUCAGGCACAAUUUCUGGUCCUAAAACACAACCCUUUCUUAACAUUACAUAUAUUAUCUUAACUGUUUAACA